CUGAAAAGAUCAAUUCAGCUGCAAAAAGCCUAGCUGAAUAUCAACAAAUGAUAGAGAUUGUUACAGAUGACUUAAUGAAAAAAGAAGGCAAAGUUAGACCUAUUUGGAUUCUUCUUGUUGAUAGUGAACCUGAUGAAAACCUGAGGCAUAUGAAAAAUAUUAUUCAUUAUGCUCACCUUUUUCAUGCUCUUGAUCUGAACUACUUAACAAUUCGUAUUCAUACUCAAGGUCAAAAUGCAUAUAAUCUAGUUGAACGCAAUAUAGCUUCUUUGUUCACAAAACUUUAUGACAAAAUUUUGAAUAUUCAAAAAAAACUAUGUAAUAUAUGGAAAAGGAAUGACAUAUAUGAAAAACCUGUGAUGGUGAAAUAUGUCGACCAGGAGAGACAUCCAUUUAAUGAUCCUAAGCCUUUAAUAUUGUAG